CCAAAUUUGGGGACGGGUGGCUUUCUUUUGCGUGCUGGACAUUUGGUUUUGUGUGGAUUGGAGCCAGAUAUUUUGUUAAUUGCAAGUGGUUAUUACAGACGUUCUUCACCUACUCAGUACCACACUGUCCGACAAGCAUAGCCUACAAACUAAUGAUAUUCCCUAUUGACGUGGUCCCUGUCUUCUGUGGAACAGUCUUCACUACCCUCUCUAACACAUAUGUGAUAAGUGAGCUGGCUAAGUCGUACAGGACCCCUAUUCCCUCCCAACAAACAAGAGACACCUUCUGUAAAACUACUCUUCUAAUAGUUCUACUUACCUCCCUCUUCCUAUUGUGUUAUAUCCCAACUCUAGUCUUCUAUUUCCUGAACAGUUUAGAAACUUUAACUGAUUCCAAACUCUCGUUCAUUAGCAGUAUCCCCGGCCAGAAAUCGUUCAUCACCUUGUUUUCGAUCAAGUUCCUUAUCCCGACCCUGUACCCGGCACUAGGGCCAGCCCUGCAAUUCUGUGGAACGUACCGGCAGAGAGAGCGACAACGUCGAGCCACGUCAUUCUUCAUCAAGAUGAGGCCCAGCCGAUUAAACAGUACGUUUGCCAUGUGGAGGAGAGCCACUAGAUCCACCCAGGUGAUGGGCCAGUCCCUGACUAUGCCUGACGACCAGCAGAACAGUCCUCAGUUCACUCACACCCCCCUCUGAGAGCAGAGAGGCUCUGAGAUCCACUCAUCCACUGCUCAGUUUAAUUUCAGAGUGAGGAGAAUGGUACAAUAUGUGUCAUAUUAUGAAACUGGAACAGUGGUUUUCUGCUGGAGUGUAGCCAUGCUGGAAUAUGGGCUGUGUAAUCGAAAGAGAGUACAUCGGUGGAUCGACCAUUUGAGUGAAAUUAGAACAACUAGAAACUGACGGACUAUUUGGUUGAAAUAGGAUUAGAAAUGAAUAUGUAUUUGAAGUUUGAGAAUGAGGAGCACCAUGCCAGAAACACAAUGUGUUGUAGCGUGUGUAAAAGAAUGAGAGGAAGACAGUUUCUACGGCUAUACAUGAGAUUUGUCUUGAGCACUUGCGGGACUUAUAUUUAUUAUGAAGAGUGAGAGUACGAGGAGACUGGUUGAUCCUAGAAACUGAUGGAAAAUCCCGCGUACAAAAAAACCCUUAAUAUCGAGCUCAUCUUUCAACCGACUUAUUUGUAAAUCUAAUUUUAUCCUUCUCAUGACUUUAUCCAGUCUCAAACCAAUACAAUUAGUAACUGGAUGAGUUCGAUACUUCUAUGACACUUUGGGGUGUAAGUAUAAAGUAGUGAAUAUUAUAGAUUGUAGUCUUUGCAGAUUUUAAGAAAGUAAGUUGUGGAAUGUAAAUGAAAAUGAACAUUUUAUGACCCUGAUGAUUUCAUUCUAUAAUGUCAAUCAACAAACUAUUGAAUAAUGUAUUAACAUUGUAAAAUGAUUGGUUGAUAAAUUUUAGCUUCCUCAACUAUACAAUUGACUGUUAUCCUAAAUAUAUUUAUUAUUUGUAUUUAAUUAUUGUAUUAAAAAGGGGAAAGGCCAUCUGAUCUCGCGCUCAAUCAAUGGCUAGAUGUCAAUGUCAAUGGCUAGACUGUAUUUAUGAUACAUUUAUGUACAUCUUAAGAACA